AUGCGCCACAUUGCGUGGCAAGCUGCCAUUUCAGUGGGCCUGGUGAACCUCUUGACUGCUGCCUUGGUUGAAAAUGCUACGGACGAAGAUCGAAGCAUCGCUGCAGUCAUUGCUCCUUCCGAACCAGAAAAUCUUUGUAUCAGAGACACGCAGAGAUCCGUCCGCGCCGCUCCAUCGCUGUUGAUGACGAGCCAGCGCUUGCAGAGGACAGCUCCGCCAAACUCCUCUGACCACCCGCUUGGCAUUCGCCUGUUAGCAAAUGCAUCAGACGACAAGCUGCCAUCCCAGACAUCCAGCGAUGAUCUCGCACAAACACUGCAAGAUGCACUGCAGUGGGAGAUGCAGCAGAUUGAGAAAUCACUGGGAAAAGAUGGCGCCACGCAGCUUGGGGCUCAACCCGGCCGGGUCAUGGGAGUGGCACUGAAUGGUAAGGAUGACAUCCGCAUGCUGCAGAGUGCGUUGAUGAUUGGCGUGGCUGGUGUCUUGACGCUUGCAAAGGUCUUUUCUUUGCUUCGUCGACUUCGCCCUGUAGUUUACAUCAAGGAGGCUGACUUGGAGAUUGAAGCUGUGACGGACACGGAUGCAUCCCCCUGCACAGCGCCAAGGCACUAUGCCAAUCCGCACGUCGGCCUGUUCGAUUGGGUGUUGAAGGUUUGGCAGACAACGCCAGAAGACGAGGUGAAGCUGGCCGGCUUGGAUGGCUGGGCGUUUCUGGAAUUUCGGCGGCUGAACUGGCGGAUCUUUUCCGUGAUAGGCCCGGUGCUGUGUGCAGUACUAUUGCCUCUGCACUACGAGGCGCACCAGGAUUCAGAAUACGAGCUGGAUUUGCUCAGCAAGUUCGACAUUGGCAGAGACCCGCUUCCGGACUGGAUGUUGUGGGUCCAUGCCGUGAUGGUUUGGUUUGUAGUCUGCGUAAGUACGUGGACUAUAACUCGCACUCAGGAACAUUUCACCGAGCGCCGCUAUCAGUGGCUGAAGGAAAUCCCAUUCCCACGGGCGAAGACCGUCCUCAUCAGGAACAUUCCCUCUCGGUAUCGGUCGGAUGCAGCUCUGAAGCAGUAUUUCGUUAACUUCUUCAGCGAAGAGGUGAUUGAGCGAGCUUAUGUCGUUCGUCACACAGGACGCUUGACAUACCAGGUGGCAGCACUAAAGCAAGCUCGCCUGGACUUGCUCCAUGCGAAACAGCACUGGCAGGAAGCUGGGCGGCCGGAUCGGGCUUCUUCAGAGAGUCUUCGGUUGGAGCACUGCGAGAAGCGUGAGCAGACACUGACGCAGGAGGUCGCGCAGGCGCAAGCAAGGCUGGACGAGGGAGUUGCACGAG